AUGGCUUCCCUUCCUCCCGUUUACAUUGUUUCUACUGCCCGUACUCCGGUGGGCUCAUUCCUCGGAUCUCUUUCCAGCCUCACUGCUCCUCAGCUUGGUGCCCACGCUAUUAAGGCUGCCGUUGAGCGUGCUGAGGGUCUCAAUGCCUCUGAUGUCCAGGAAGUCUUCUACGGCAACGUUCUGUCCGCUGGUGUUGGUCAGAACCCCGCCAGACAGUGUGCCAUUGGUGCUGGUCUCCCCGAUUCCACUGUCUGCACUACCGUUAACAAGGUCUGCGCUUCCGGCCUGAAGGCUGUCAUCCUCGGAGCCCAGACCAUCAUGACCGGUAACGCUGAUAUCGUCGUCGCUGGUGGUACCGAGUCCAUGUCCAACACCCCCCACUACCUCCCCAACCUCCGUACUGGUGCCAAGUACGGCCACCAGAGCCUUGUCGAUGGUAUCAUGAAGGAUGGUCUCCAGGAUGCCUACGGAAAGCAGGAGCUCAUGGGUCUCCAGGCUGAGGAGUGUGCUCAGGACCACGAGUUCAACCGUCAAGACCAGGAUGAGUAUGCUAUCCGCACCUACCAGAAGGCCCAGGCUGCCCAGAAGGCCGGCCUCUUCGAUUAUGAGAUUGCUCCCAUUGAGAUCCCUGGCUUCCGUGGCAAGCCCGGUGUUACUGUUUCCCAAGAUGAUGAGCCUAAGAACCUCAACCCUGACAAGCUCCGCGCCAUGAAGCCUGCUUUCAUCCCCGGCGUUGGUACCGUUACUGCUCCCAACUCCUCCCCUCUGAACGAUGGUGCCGCCGCUGUUGUUCUGGUCUCCGAGGCUAAGGUUAAGGAGCUCGGCCUCAAGCCCAUUGCCAAGAUCUGCGGUUGGGGUGAUGCUGAGCAGACCCCUAGCAAGUUCACCACUGCCCCCGCUCUGGCGAUCCCUAAGGCUCUUAAGCAUGCUGGCGUGACUCAGGAGUCUAUUGAUGCCUUCGAGAUUAACGAGGCUUUCAGUGUUGUUGCCCUUGCCAACAUGAAGCUGCUUGGCCUCUCCGAGGACAAGGUCAACAUCCACGGUGGUGCCGUCGCCAUUGGUCACCCCUUGGGUGCCAGUGGUGCCCGUAUCCUGGCUACCUUGAUUGGUGUUCUGAAGGCUCAGAAUGGCAAGCUUGGAUGUGUUGGUAUCUGCAACGGUGGUGGCGGUGCCAGUGCCCUGGUUAUCGAGUCUCUCCUUUAA